AUGGACCGAGACGGAUGCCAAUCGCCGCGCUCCACCAACCCCUUCACGGCGCAGCAAUACCAGCGGCUCGCGAGCCAAGCGACCACCGUGGUGGAAGCGGUCUCCGUGUGCAUGUUCAGCGUCGCCGCCCUGGCCAGAAUCAUGCCGUACACCAAGCGCUCCCUCUUCGAGAUCACCUACGUGAGCCACACGGACAAAGGGGUCGGACCAGAAGGAGAAGGCGAACCCGCGCUUUUCAUCAACGCGUUCACCAACGCGUUCGGCUUCCUUUUGAUCAUCAUGAUCGCCAAUUGUGCCCUCGCGUACCUCUACAAGGGCGGCCAUUACCGCGUCGUCAGGGCGUGGCUCAUGAGUGGCUCCGCGCUGCUGCUGUUUCUGGCCGGCCACUACUACGCGGGCCGCGUGCUGUUCUUCCUGGGCGUCCCCGCGGACCACUUCAGUUGUGCGCUGGUCACGUGGAAUGUGGGCAUUCUCGGAGUCGCGGCGCUGUACUGCGAUGCGCCCUGCCUCGUGCAGCGCUGCUACCUCAUCUACGUGUCCGUUCUGAUGGCCGUCGCCAUUGAAGAAGUCUUCCCGAACUGGACGUCCUGGAUCCUCCUGGUGCUGGUGUCCAUGUGGGACGUGUUCGCCGUGCUUUGUGUCCAAGGUCCAACGCGAAUUCUCAUCGAGACCGCGAAGGAAAGGAACGACUCGCUUUUCCCCGCCCUCGUCUUUUCCACGACGUCAGCCUGGUGCUACGAGAUUGCUUUGUCAGCCGGCGAAACAGCGCGCCGAGGUGCUGAGACUACGGGAAGGAGUAACACGUCGAGGAAACGCCUGCGGUCGCACUUCGCUCGAGGCUCUCGGUCGGGCACGCGGCGACCUUUCAAUACGAGAGCGCCCGGCGCACUGCUUGCGAUCCCAAGACACGUCAAUGGUGCCUCGUGCUACCCGCGAGGAGUUGAGCGAGAAACGCCAACGUCUGCCAGCACUCUAAUUUUUAAUGAACAUCCAGCGGGGAGCUGUAGUGAGGCACGAACCACCACAGAGUACAAUAAUAUCGCACGGCCUAAUGACAACGGAUGCAAAGAAGUUCCUAUCUCGACUUUUCAGCCUUGCCUGGUGUCAGCCAUGUCGGGGCAGCCGGAUAUAUGCACGACGCAGGUAGCGGUCACGACGUGUGCUGACCACGGUGGGGACACUCGCAAGGACGGCUCGUCGGCGGCAGGUUCUUCAGUGGGCGGCCACUGGCGACGCGGCGGGCGUCGCCACGAGCAGUUCUCGCUCACGCCGUCGUGCAAUUCGGAGGACUCGUUCGGAACUCGUGGCGGUGCGCGCAGCGGCUGCUCGACGCCUGCGAAGCGUCGACAGGGCUCCACUCGCCCUGGGUUGAAGUCUGCGGUGUCUCCGCCUCGCCGCAGUCCGGGACCUGAGCAGAGUCACGGACGCAGCAAGGACGUCCUGGAGUGCGGCCUGAAGCUGGGCCUGGGUGACUUCAUCUUCUACAGCAUGCUUCUGGGCAAGGCCUCCCGGCACGGCACCGUUGUCGGAAUCGUCGCCUGCUACGUGUCCGUGCUCGUGGGCGUGCUGCUCACGGUCGCGUUGCUCGUCAUCUUCCGCAAACCGGUGCCCGCUCUGCCCUUCUCCAUCCUCAUGGGACUCGCCGCCUACUUCACAAGUGCCAUUGUCUGCGACCCCUUCCUGGAAGCCAUCGACUUCAACUUUUACUAG